GAGGGUGGUGUGAAGACAGUACAACCUCUCAUUAGUGUGCUGUCGUGGCAACUGGCCACUCUCUGGGACACUGUGCAGCGGAGUCCGAUGCAGAUAGGGCACCUGUCAUCCCCGUACACUCUCAUGGAGACAGUGACUCUGCUGUACUCCGACCUCCCGUCCCAGGGAUCUCAUCCUCACCACCACUGAGAUGCUGGGCCAGCCUAUGGUCACACUCUGGCAGAACGUCCUGGAGAGUGAGGCUAAGUCGCCGACAGUGAACCACAAAUCCCCGCACAAGGGACCUUUUGACCUCCAAGAGAGGAUCGUGAAGGCGUGGAGAGCGGUCCUGGCCUGUGUCCAGAGCCGCUACGGCGCUCCGUUCACCUCUGACCUCCUCGACGCCCUCUCUCCCCUCCUCGUCCUCUGUCUCUCGUGCAAGAGACAGGACGUGGUGAGUGAGACUCUGACCUUUUGGACGGCCACCUUUGACCUUGCCCCUGAGCCUCUCGUCUACCCAAACAAGUUGCGAGACGUGUUGGUCAAGUGUAGGAAGAAGUGGGACCUCCAACUGAAACUGCCUGGCUUUGAGCAGACAAGUGGGGCAGUGGCCCACUCCACAGUAGAAGACAGUCUCCCUCACACUGACUCCUCCCGACAUCUUCCCUCACAAUCAGCCCCCGCUGAUGAGCCAAGCCCCCAUAAUUCCGGGGUCAUUCUCCCCCACCCCUCCCCCCAGCGAGGGGUCCGCGGGAGCUUCCUCGGACAGAAACGCUCGCCCCGCCCUGGCGUUCCGACCACGCCCCCUCGUUCCCCGGCAGCCCAGGACAUGGAGGAGAUCCUGGCGAGGUCGCGGGGUCACGGAGGAAGGGGAGGGGCAGGUGUUGCGAAAUCUCCAGUCCUCUCUGCCAGGAGACGACUCUCCCUCAACUCUGACAAGCCAGAGGACUAUGUGUUGGUGGAGCCCCCGGCCAAGAGACAGCAGCUGCUGACAGAGCACCAGAGAGAGAGGAUGAGGGAGAGGAGAGAGAGUAUCCCCGUCAUGUACAAUGCCCUGGACCCUUCUCAGGAACCCACUCAGUUCACCGCUCAACCUGACAGUGCUCCAGAUGAACCGGUAAUCAUCCCUGAAUCAGAGGGGUCUCCCCCGACAACAGUCACCGCCAGAUCCAUAUUUGCCACUAGCUCUGAGCCCCGCCCACCUCCCGUCUCAAGCUCCAUCUCCUCAUUAGUACAGGGGCCCUCCUCAUCAGUUCGCCCUCGAGCACAUUCUCAAACUUUCAGCCAUCAGUUGGGUUCAGCUCCAAUCAACAGCAAUGCCUCAGUUUCAACCAAUCAGGUAGCCAGCAGUGGUAUGGAGGCUUGUCGGAUGGUAUCAGGUAUCCACCAAGGUCACGUGCGCAAGUCCCCGAUAUCGUCACGAACUCGAUCGAGAGCAAGACCAGAGGAAUUUAGCACUGCCCCAUCGGGCAACGGGACACCUUAUCCAGUUGCACUCAACGCUCCCCCUUAUUACUCUGUCUCACGUCCGUUUGUACCACAUUCGGCAACGGGCAGCAUGAUGCCUGUGAGACUAGCCUAUCACCCUCUCCCAUCCUCUUCCCCUACUCUCCCUGCUUCCACUCACCAACUACCCUCUACAAGCAUCCAUCCACCUUUCUCACCCACGGACCAACACUACCAGACUGUUCAUGGUGGACCUAGGUUCCCAGCUAUUGGAACCGAGCCACAACAAGUGUACCAGUUGAUCCAAUCUGGUACCGGCCACCCCGUUAUGUUCCCCGUGCCCCUUCGUCAACCCGUCAUCACGGAAGCUCAUCCGAGUAGCACUUCGGGUCCCCAGUUUGUCCCUGUGAUUCCACAGUCUAUUGCCGCAGGGCCCGUGGCCCCCACCACCUCAAUCGCACCAGGGGUUUCCUCGCAACAGGAUCCAAUCUUCCCUCCCGCUCGCUACAUCUUCAGACCCGGUACGAACCCUCCUCAUCCUUACAGCCUCCACUCUGCACCGGAGACUUCUCUGCCACCUCUCCCACUUUCUGCCGUCAUUCGUCCCGAUCUCUCUGCCACUCGGCGAGCCAACAAGCAACACUCCUCUACUCAUAUUCCUUAUCUUCUACCAGCGGUACACCGACGACACCUAGCGGUUCAGACAGGUUACUGAGAGGGUCAGUCGAUGCUCCAAUAGUCAUUGAGGAUGUGGAGGAACCAUUGACUGCGGUAACAGAGUCAGGGAAGACGAAAGACACGGUGCAAGUUUUAGACUCUGGGGGUGAGGGCUCUGUCCGAGAUAAUGAGAUUUUGAUAUCGUCAAAGACUGACGAACAGGGGCAGACAUCGGCAUUAGUAGAGGGGGAGUCCACUGUUGCAGAGCCAAUGGAUGAAGCUCAGCCGGUGAACUCAGCAGGUGAGGCUACAAGUGAAGUGGCUGCGGCUCAUAAAGCUAUGAAUGAAGAUAUGGAAUCAGUAGAAGAAGGUGGAGAGAAGGGUGGUCAGCAGCUCAUGGAGGAAGAGGGGAAGGAAGAUAUGGAGGUGGUCUGUGGGGAGACAGCAGAAGAGAGAGAAGAGAGAGGCAGUGAGAGCACCACUCUACAGAUGACUGUAGGGUCACCGGAAAAGCUCCCUUCUUCUCAGCCAUACGUUCCCAUCAGUAUAGAGAUCAUUGAGCGCCAGUCAGACUCUUCUGGUGAGAAGACAGCACUGGAAGCCACAGAGGACAAGUAUAUGACUGGAGCUCAGUCUCUCGAGCCACUCUCAGAGUCUUGUGAGCCCGGCCCUGCCCUGUUCGAACCUCCUACCUCGUCUCAGGAGGAAGCCCCUGAUAGUUUAGGGACUGAUGAACCGGCCAGUGACACCGGAGACUCGGGUCAGAUUGUGGCUAGUGAUGGAGGUGACCCUGUAGUUUGUGAGGCUAACGAACCAGCUGCGAUUGAGAAGAGUCCCGAGGCGAAGAGUGACAUUCCUCCUACCACCACCAGUAUAGUCCACGCUGCAGAAAGUGGAGAGAUAGAAGGAACGGGAUCUAGUGAAGUUACGGGAAGUAUUGAACAACCGGAUGUCAAAGUUAGUGAAGAAAUCUGUAAAUCGGACACAGAGGGCAAGAGAGACGAGGAAGAGGCUGAGGACGAGAGCGAGAUUGUAAGAGAGGAAGAAAAGUUAGUGGAAGAGACUUGUGUAACUGACGGUGCUAGAGAAAUCCAGAGCCAGUCGGAGGAGAAAGAAAAGAAGGGGAGUGUGGAUGGUUGUGGAAUAGAAGAGAAAACCAUACUCGAAGAAUCUCCAGUUCGAACAGCUCAGAAAGUCCCAGCCAUGGCAGUGACACCGACCACCUCUACAGCAUGGGGGUGCGCAGCCUCGCCCAAGACCACGCCCGGCGGGAUCCUCAAACACGUCAGUCAGUUUGACACGCCCACCUCGACUGCCGGCAGAGGUCGCAGGGUUCAGUUUGCCAGCAGUCCAGUUGUGUUCCAGCCGACUAGGGGAGGGGAAGAGGGAUAUAGGACACCCAGACACUCUCGGACCAAGAGUGCUCUGUCCUCAAGGAGAACUCUACUGAAAUCUGACUCCAACACUAAACCAUCACACACCCAAAAGUCUCAGAGAGUGUCGAGUGCGCCGGUGUAUCCGUCUCUGGCUGACUGUGAGUCUCCUGUGGAGGACAUCCUCCCCGUCCUCUCACCUUGCCGCUUUACCCACGGUCUGGUUCAUUUGGUCCAUGCUCGGAACAUUCGGACUGUGGGUAACAUCUCAUCUCUCUCCGAACAAGAGGUCCAGACUCUCCCCAUCAAAUCCCCUAAAAUCGAGAACCUGAAACAGGCACUGAGAAACUUUCAACAGCACCUGGGUAAUAAGAGACGUGCCUCACUGGACAGUGACAGUCUGGGGCCACCAGCCAAGAAACGAAGCCGACAGAGUGGUCCAGAAGAGGUGGGCAAAGGAGAGACCAACACAGACCAACGGACACCACAACCACCCAAACAGGACAAACCACCAGAACCAAGUCACGAGGAGAGUGAAGGGAGGGAAGAUGAAGAUAGUCAGUUGAGUCUCGUUCCUUCUCAAGCUUCCCAGAGUGAACCAGCCGUACUACUAUCCUCUCCCGAUGAGAACAAUGAUGGUGGUGCAGACGGCUGAGAAUGAAAAGGGUGAGCCCCUUCAAUCAGCCGAGAGAAUGGACGACGAUAGCGUAUUUGUAGAAGAAUCGCAGAGCGUCACAAGCCAACACGUGACGGACAUUUCAACCGUAGCGUUCAAGACAGUGUCUCCAGUGACAGUGAGAGCGAGGGAGAGAAGGAAGUGGAAAUGGAGUUGGGGGAGACGGUAACGGAUGCUAGUGCAGGAAGCAUGACAUUGUCGUCUGAAGAAUCACAGCAGUCGACUAGCUUACAGCACGACCAUUCUUAUUUCUCCUCCGCCACCGAGGAAGGAGAGGGAGCCUGUGGCGCACUUGGAGCGUUGCCAGCGGCCGAGCAGAGAGAGAGGGUGGAAGUUGUGCCAGCAGCACAGCUGGCUGACCAUGACUACUGCAGUGUACUUGAGCCUGCGUCUUCUUUGGAGGGAGAUCAACUUCAUGACCUCCCACCACCUCCAACCAGUGAUACUGAAUUUAGGAGUAAGCUGUCGUCUGACAUCCAAGAUCACAACUACUGUCGUCAAUUAGCACCCAACCCCCCAGGGGUAACCCAAGACCU